CUACCAUUCCAUACUAGAUCAACUUCUUUCCAGUUUUGACGAUGUCCUCCACAUCUGCCACUGCCAUGACCUGCGGUAGCAUCCGGGCUCUGUACUCCCUCCACCGUCGCCUUCCACGCGUCCUCUCGACCCCUUCCCCUUCCCUCCGCGGACAUCUCUCUCCCCUGAGCUUCCCUCCGACCGCCAUGGCCGACCCCAACAGAAGGACGACGCAGGGCUCCUCUUUCUCCGACUCCUCUCGUCCCGGUGAACGCGGUGGCGGUAGAGGGAAAAGUCUGGACGUGGGCAGCGAUCGAGAACGAACGAGAGGUCGAGGCGGUGCUGGCAAGGAUAGAAUCGACGCUCUCGGGAGACUCUUGACUCGCAUUUUGCGCCACAUGAGUGCUGAGUUAAACUUGAAUAUGAGGAGUGAUGGGUAUGUCAAAGCUCAAGAUUUGCUUCAGUUGAAUAUAAAAACGUUUGCCAAUGUACAGUUGAGGGCGCACACGGUUGAUGAAAUAAAGGAGGCAGUGAGAAGGGAUAAUAAGCAGCGGUUCAGCCUCUUAGAAGAGAAUGGGGAGCUUUUAAUACGUGCAAAUCAAGGUCAUACAGUAAAGACUGUUGAGUCUGAGAGCUUGCUGGAGCCAAUCCUUUCUGCUGAGGAAGUUUCAGUAUGUGUGCAUGGAACCUAUAAGAAAAGUCUGCAGUCUAUAUUGGAUUCGGGUUUGAAGCGUAUGCAGAGAUUGCAUGUGCACUUCUCAUCAGGCUUGCCAACAAACGGGGAAGUAAUAAGUGGCAUGAGGAAGAACGUGAAUGUUCUGAUCUUCCUUGACGUAAGAAAAGCUCUAGAAGAUGGGAUGAAGAUUUACAUUUCGGACAAUCAGGUCAUCUUGACUGAAGGUUUUGAUGGGGUUGUACCUGUUAAAUACUUUGACAAGAUAUUAUCAUGGCCAGAUAAGCAAGUCAUACCUUUUGAAAAAAAGUGAAUGUAGUGCAACAAAAGCUACAUGAGAGAAUCUACUGAGUGCUCCUAUUUUCCUUCAACAUUGGCAGAUCAUAAAUCGGCAAUUUUAUCAAUUUCUGGAUGAAAAUGUAUGUUUAUCUGAUGAAAUGAUUAGAUAUACAUUUUUAGUAGCUUCCAUGUUAAGAGCCUUUUUUUUCCUUGUACAUUCUUUGUACUUUAGUUUCCUGCUUAACAAAGAUACCAUUUUUUUUAUGUUA